AUGGCCAAGCGGCGGAGUUGCACACGACGUGGGCGAAGGAGAAACAAUGCUUGUUCUACAUGCUCUUCAACCUCUGCAGGUUUAUUCAAGUGCGCACGGCGUGGGCGCUUCUGGGCCGUGCGUCUUCACAGCAGCCGCCCAGCUCAUACCGUUGAGGUCCCUGCCGGACAGUUCCUUCAACUCUCCAGGGCUUGCGUCAGUCAGGGCAGAGCCGCCAGACUGCAGGUGUCGGUGGCGGGCCCUGAGGGCAAUGCAGGACAUGGCAGUGGUGCCUUCAACUUUGCUUGCCUAGUCGAAGAAGGCGGACGGAACCUGUCCUUGCGUUUGUCCCGCGGCUAUGCCUGGCAGUUGAAACUCCUCAACACAGGACCUGUGCUGACCAGCUCUACGGUUGUUGACGUUUUGGGCUACAUCUCGCCCUGCAGAGGCACGAGGAGGAGUAUCCAAGACUCCCCAAGGCAACACGGCUCGCUCCGGCAGGUGCGCCUGCCUGCAGGCUGGACAGCGCUGUCCUUCAAGUCCAUCGGCAGUGGUCGCUUAGUUGUGACCGAUGUUCCAAAGGCAUGCUUCUCUUCAAGCAAAUUUGCUGCAGCUGCAGCCCCGCAGGUCGGGAAUGUGGCCGUUGGUGACGAAAUCGUCGAAGUCAACGGUAUUUCCCUGGCAAGCCUGGCCAAGCGCAUUAUGUCUCCGGGCUGUCACUUCAACACAUGCAAUGAGCAUGUGCCCGGCAGUGUUGGCAAACUGCAAUCGCCUCCUUGCAUCUCCUGUGACUUCAUUCGGCGCCGGCGCGAAUUUGGUUUGGACUUGGCCUUGCAGAUGUGGCUCCGUGUGGUAAAGCAGGACAUGCCGAUCACACUUGGAGUCCGCUGCAAGACAGGCAGCGAGAGCAGGCUUCAUGCCGAGCGCUCGCAAGCAACAGCAGCCGCGCCAGCAACGCCAGCAGCGGCGGCAGCGGCGGCCAGGGCCAGCCCUGAGGAGAUCAGGGCCGAGGCGCCCGAUGCCAUGCCCAAGGCGGCUGCGUCUCCGGCGCCGGCACCUCUCCGCCGUGGUUACAAUCCGCUGAAGCCAGCGGCAGCGGCGACGGCGGUGUCGAUCUCCCCAAAGGCUCGCGAUCGGCCAGUUCGCGGCGCUCUGACACAGCUGGCUGGUGGGUUGUGCUACGAAGAGCUCCCACCCAAAGGAGGUGUGGCUUCUGGUGCCGAGCAGACCACUCUUGGCCGCGAGGUCGAGAUCCGCUUCGACAUCUCCAGCAAGGGAAGCAAGCCCAAGGUCGUUGAAAGAGGGCAGGUGCGCUUCGUGCUUGGUGCGGCCGAGCUGAAGGACGGCUGGGUGGAUGGACACGUGAACCUUGAGGAAGUCCUGGCUCCCUGGGCGCCGGCCAUGCUUGGCAUGCGCGCUGGCCAGCGGCGACGCGUGCUGGUGCCUGGCCGUCUUGGGUUCCGUGAUGGGGGCGAGGUUCUCCCUGCCAAUGCCGAGCUGUCUGUUGACAUCGAGGUGAAGCAGCUGUAA